AUGAUUCUAGAUUCUUUACCUUAUGGAAGAUCUGUUGAUGCAGAAAUUUUAAAUUUGAGAGCCACAAUAGUUCUCAGUUUUGGCUAUGUUUGUUUUUACUGUCCAACUGAAGGAUUAAUUUUAAGACUUCAAAAUACAGUUUUGCCAUUUUUACGUCAAUAUACUGCAAAUUCUAAGGAAUCUUCUCUUCGUGAAGCACACUUGGAAACUCUAAAUUUAAUCGCUUUGUCUGUCCAUCCAAAUAGAUUGCGUGAUUAUCGUUUUGAGUCGCGCUAUGAAUGUUUGAGUUAUAUAAAGGAAUAUGUUAAUGAUGAAAAAUCUUUUGACACAGUAACAACUUUAAUUCGUCUUCGUGCAUGUAAAGCAACUGCUUCACUUGUAUUAUUGGAACCUCCUCUUAGCGAAAACGAAUUUAUUGAUAUAAUUAAUGUUUUAAUUCCAAAUAUAUUUCCAAUAAAUAGAGAACGUGGUGGAUUAAAAGCGUUAAACCAACAAUGUCUUUUUUCACAAACUUUCUACAAAAAUAGUCAAAAUAUUAAUAACGAUAAUAAUAAAUAUUAUUAUUAUUAUCCAUUUUCUUCUUCAAAAGGAUCUGUUCAAAAAAGCAGUUCUUCUGUUAAACAGCAAAAAGAAGGUGGUGGAAAAUCUGAUGGAAAGGAUGCCACAAAAUGUGGCUUGACAGGAGAAGAUGAUAGUUCAACAGUUAUGGAAGCAACUAUAAUUCAAUGUAGAAAUGCUAUUGCAAAUAUGGUUAAAAUGCGUCCUUGUGUUAGACCUACAGUUGGGGAAUUAUUAAAGUUAUUUUAUCAAUAUUAUGGUAGUGAACGUGAUCAUGAAAGAGCUAGAGCUGUCGAUUUUACUGUUUUAGUAUUACAAGUUUAUUCAGAAAAAGCUUCAGAUAUAACACUUGGAAUAGCAAAAGAAUUUUCUUCUCUUUCUUGGAUUAUUGCCCGUUUUUGCCCUCGUUUAUGCGAUUCUUUAAGUUUUGUUCGUCUACAAUCUUUGAGAGCUAUUUGGUUUGCUUUUAAAUUGAGUUUAUUACAUAGAGGACAUUCACCUUCUGAUGUUGAAAUGGUUGACUCUUCUCUUUUUAAUAUUGACAAAUUUAUUGAAUUAUAUUUUGGUGGAACACAAGAAGGACGUUUAGAUUCUAAUAAAUGUAGUGGAGCUAUUUUGGCUAUUUCCAAGGAAGUUGAAAGUCGCCUACCACAAUCUCAAGUCCAAAAUUAUAUUCAUAUGUUAUUCAAAAUGUUAUCUGACAAGCAAGGAAAUGUUAGCAGUGCUGCUGCUCAAUUAUUAACAAAUAUUCUCUCUUAUAGAGCGAAUUUAUUACAAAAAGAGGCAGAAGUUUUGCUAAUAAAUAUGCUCGAUCAUUUGGCUAGAACUCGACAAGAAAAAAUCCAAACAUACACAGAAUUACUUAAUGGAUUUGUUCUUUUUUCUGGACAUCAUUUACAUUUGGCUGUUCAAGUACUUUUGAGGCAAACACUUCCAUAUAAUCAGUUUGUUAUUUUUUUUAUAAAUUUUUUUUUGAGUUGA